CUGUGAAAAAAGACGUCGAACCGGGUCAAUAAGCUUGCUCUUGGGUGCGAUAGGGAAUCUAAUACGGAGAUUGCGCGUGGGUAGUACUAUGGGUAGAACUUUUGCACGCUCCGCAGACGCAAACCAUUGCUCACGAAUCAGCAGGUUCUUUGUGGCUUGCCCAUAUUACCAGUAUCACACCGUUACUUCGCAAUAUUUUCACCUUCCGGCUUUGCAGAACUCUCUGCCUUGUCGCUCACAACACACGAUACCCUGUGGUGAAGUGCAAAGUGAAUACGAUCGUGCUUUCGCAAGCAAUGAACCUCAGCGCCCUGCAUACUAUCAAAAACUCGUGAACGAUGUUGUUGAGCACAUGGCGCUUUUGCUCAGCAGAGGAACGCCUCGCUUGGAUGGCUACCUGCGAGUUAUUCUCAAUACCAACAAGGCUUCGAGCGGUCUUGUCAAACUUGUUCACAAAACGAGGCAAUUUACUCAAACUUCGUUGAUGCGACAACUGGUUUAUGAAAAGACUAGUGACACUCCCCAUCUUCUUUCUUCGGAUAUGGUUGCUGCACAGUCUAUGAUGAGGGCGGAGGCAGCUGCCUUCGUGCCUCGCAUGCAGCGUCCCAAAGAUGGUGUAGAGAUUCGUCCGGCCGAGAAGGAGAACUUAAAUCCGGUGCGCUCCAGGAGGCGGAUAGAGAGGAAGUAAAGGAGAAAGAAGUUUCAGGGAUUGUCGAUUCUGAGGCCACUGAUGAUAUGGAAGAUAUGGACGAGGCGGUCACAUCUCUCACAUCCCUUGACCCUGUGCCAGACGAGUCCCUUCGCUCCAACGGGCCAUCGGAAGAGCAGGUCUUGGCAGCUCGCACGAUUCAGUAUGCAUAUCACUAUCACAUUUG